CAGCCCCAAGCCCGCCCAACAGCUGAUUCUUCGUUGUUUACAAGCAGCUGCCUUCUUCUUCUGCACCUACUACUGCUGCAAUAUCUGCGAGUUCAUCUGUCACUAGGCGAUUUCCUGAUCAUUUUUCUCAUCUCUGCGUACCUACCAUUUACCAACCAUGGCCAUGACCAUGCAUGUGAAGCUUGAAAGGUUGCUGUCCAUGAAAGGAGGCAAAGGGGACUCCAGCUAUGCCAAGAACUCUCAAGCUCAGGCCGAACACGCCCGGUCUGUUCUGUAUCUUCUGGAAGCGGCACUCGAUGAGAUGCAACUGACUGCCACAGACAGUGCCUUCACAGUGGUGGAUCUCGGCUGUUCCUCCGGAAACAACACCUUGUUCGUCGUCGACCGGAUCGUAAAACAUAUGCUCAAGAGGUAUGAGUCCGCCGGCGCGCCGGUGCCGGAGUUCCAGGCCUUCUUCUCCGACCUGCCAUCCAACGAUUUCAACACCCUCUUCCAGCUGAUGCCCUCACUGGUCAAGAACGCCAGCUUGGAGCAGUGCCUCACCGCCGUUGACCAUAUUCAGAGGUCCUACUUCGCUGCUGCCGUCCCCGGCUCCUUCUACGGCCGCCUCUUUCCUGCCAAGUCCGUUGAUGUUUUCCACUCUGCCUUCUCGUUGCACUGGCUCUCUCAGGUGCCAGAGGCUGUGACGGAAAGGUGGUCGGCGGCGUACAACAGAGGGAAGAUAUUCAUACACGGGGCGUCGGAGGCGACGGCGAAUGCAUACCGGCGGCAGUUCCAGCAGGACCUUGCGGGGUUCUUGAGGUGGAGGUCUCAGGAGAUGAAGAGCGGUGGCUGCAUGUUCCUGGUGUGCCUGGGCAGGACGUCCACCGUCCCCAGCGACCAAGGUGGCGCCGGCCUCCUCUUUGGCACCCACUUCGAGGACGCAUGGAACGACCUCGUCGUUGAGGGCCUGGUGGAUGCGGAGAAGCGCGACAGCUUCAACGUUCCGGUGUAUGCGCCGAACCUGGAGGACUUCCAAGAGGUGGUGGAGGCAAAUGGGUGCUUUGUGGUGAACAAGUUGGAGGUGUUCAAGGGAGGCAGCCCGCUGGUAGUCAGCUGCCCGGACGACGCGGCGGAAAUCGGACGAGCCCUUGCCAACAGCUGCCGGACCGUCUGCGGGGUGCUGGUGGAGGCACACAUCGGCGAGCCCCUCAGCCACGAGCUGUUCGCUAGGCUCGAGCGGCGAGCCACGUUGCAUGCCAAGGAGCUCCUGGAUCAACUUCAACUCUUUCACGUUGUGGCCUCACUUUCACUAGCUUAAUUAGAGUAGUACUCUUUGAAUUAGACCACCAGCACAAGCCAAGGGGUGGCGACUUCAGAUACUUCAAUUUCCCAGUGAAUUGUACCAGCACUAGCUUACUAGACAUUUCUCUUCUCAUAUGGUGUUUUUAUCCUUCAUGUUCAUCUGCUUUUUGUUUUUUGGAUAUUUUUUCUUCCAAUCUUAUGUGAUCAAAGUAGGUGUUUCUCGGACAUGAAGUGCAUGCCUCAAACAAGGAUCCAGUGGCUUCUUAAGCCAUUCGUUC